UCAUCGCAACCUUAUUUUAUCGGUUAGUAAUUCGCAAGAUAUUUUAGUACACACAAGGAAUAUUAAAAAUGUUUGCGAUUCUAAAUUGUCAGCCAUCAUGACCACCUGGCGAGCCCACCAGUGCAUCUCACUUUGUUCGCCUGUGCUCUGACAGCAACCAGUACCUGUAGUAGUGUGUGAAUUGUGCUGCUCUCUUGCUCUCUUUCUCCACUGUCAAAGAUCCGCUUCAACUGUGAAAACAGCAAAACUAUUUCCUAAACAGUAAAAUUUUACAGCUACGUAAAUAGCCCACAAACCCCACCAAGUUGGGAGGAAAAUUCGAGUUACAACUUACGAAAACGGAAAACAUCCCAUCGUUUGCUGCGCGUUUGAGUGUGUGUUGUGCUCACGCAUUGUGGCAAUGAAAACCCGGCCGCCGGCAUCGAGAACCGAACUGUGGUGCAGCAGCAGUAAAAGCGGCAGUGUUCUUCGGUUGCAGUUGCGGAAAAAUUAUACCCCACAGUGCACAGAAGUUUUCCACACGGGUGCAUGAGUGUUGUACUGCGAAAAGAAGCAAAAAAAAAGGAGAAACAACGGAUGUGAGCUUCUUGAGCUUUUUCCCCGAGAAGCAUAUAUACGCCAAGUGCGUCUUGUAGUGUGUGUGUGUGCGCGCGUGUGUGGUGAAUUUUUGUGAGUGUAGCGACGAAAAAUGGAUCGAAAGUGAAGCAAAAGUGUUGCAAACGAAAAAAGUAGAAAAAAGUCUUGAUUGGUUUUUUUCCCCUCCGACAACAGCAGGAGGUCAGUUGGUUUGUUUUACGUUUUGUUUUGUGUUGUUGGCCACAAGAGUAGCCACGGCAUGGUCGUCACCAUGCUGUUGCAACAAUAGCUGCGUCACACACACGCACAAAGCAACACGCUCACACAAAGUGUACUGCUGUUGGGUGUGGAAAAUUGUGGAAAAUCGACAGCUAAACGUACAGCAAAAAAAAAAAAAACACCCCAUCGAGGAAAAGCCUACCACGUUCAUGUGUAUGUGUGUGUUUGUGAGUGUGGGUUUGUGUGCGUGUGAGCGGAAGUGAAACGGCAACAAUAACAGUGAGCGAAGUGUGACAAACACAGAAGCGACACGUUUGGUACACGCACACGUGCGUGUAGCGCACGCGGUAAACCGGCAGCAGGAAAAUAGUGCCCGGGCGGUGGAAAUUCAUCCGACAGCAGCAAGCAGGAAAAGCGGCCGAAAAUGGCGAACCCGAGAAAGUUUAGCGAGAAGAUUGCACUACACACGCAAAAGCAGGCGGAAGAGACGGCCGAGUUCGAGCGGAUCAUGCGGGAAGUGUUGGACGUCACGUCGAAGGCGUCUAAGAGUGCCAACCUGUCGCCGACGACGGGCACCCUGGGCACGUUUCGAGGCGGCUCCCUGCCCAACGUCAAUAAUGAAAACAAACAGUACCAGGAAAAGACGGACGAUGGUUCUAAUUUAACAGAACUGAAACCGUACUCGCAACCGGAGACGGUGAAGGUGAAAAAGGAAAUAGCUCCCAAAACCAGUACACCAAGCCACACGAGAGAGUCAAGAGGUAAAGAAGGUCGAACACCCGGCGGUCCCAUGCGUAAUCGGCAGGCGAGUCGAAACCAUGACACGUCACCGUACGGCAACAGUACGGUUCAUUUGAUUCCACCGAUGGAAAACAACUGGCACCGUUCGAUCUCGGAUUCGGCAAUCCAUCAGAGUCUCUGUCAAAAUCAGCAACAAGACGGCACCCUUCUUACCACUCACUCACCCCUAACGCUAAGUCCAACAGUGCAAAGAAAGAUUUCAAAUGCUCAACACAUUUCGAAAGUACACAACAACCACAUGACCAACAAUCAUCAUAAUCACCAUCAUCAUCACCACCAUCAUCCCAGCAAUCAUCACGACAAUGGAUCGACGCAAGACAUACGGUCACGCUCCUCUACCGCCCUGCCGAGGUUACCCGGAAUCAACAUCUAUCCAUCGCAGAACCACCCCGACAGUAUACAGAUUCCGAUACCGAGCAACACGGGAUCGUUACCAGAUUUAACCUCCGUCGGUUAUCCCUCCAUGUAUCCCGCAACGCUGGACCAAGAGUAUGAUCCAAACGGACAAAAUCACAGCUACUGUCCGAGUCCCCUUGGUACCUCACCUUCGUCACUCUCACCAACCUCUGCGAUUCAGAACCAUCAUCACCAUCCGCAUCCGAGGGCCAACAGUUUCAGUGGUGGCGUUAGUGGAAGCAGUGCCGGCGGUGGCAAUGGAUCGGGUGGUGGUGGUGGAGGAGGAGGGGGAGGAGGUGGCGGUGGCGGCAACGGUGUUGGAGGAUACCCCAUUCCUACUAGCCAUUCGAACAGUGGUUCCGUCAGUCCGACGGGUAGCGGUAUCAGCUGUAGUCCCAGCGGGUCGGUGGCCCCGAUCGCGAUCAAUAAUGUGAAUAUGGUGAACGCCGUUAAUCACAACAAUGGCGCAAAUCUUAACAAUGGCAUUAAGGGAAAGAAAGCUAAACCACAAACCAUCUCUAGUCAGCCUUUUUUAUCUGUACCAGAUAGUAAUAGAUAUUCGUUUAUGUCGAAGGUCAACAAUACUUAUGACACUAACCAACAGCAGCAACAGUCAGUGCAGCAGCAGCAGCAGCAGCAGCAUCAACAGCACCAGCAACCGCAAGCACAGUCCCCGCAACAGCAACAGCAGCAAGCACAACAGCAGCAACGAAUACCAACCCUCGAUCAGAUAAGCUACGAUAGCUUCACACAGAUCACCGACGGUCUGGCGUCGCCCAACCAGAACUCUCCCGAAAGCAUACUGUACGGAUCUCAUGGAAAUAUGUCCCCGCAAAUUAUGUCCGACUACCGAACUCGACCUAGUCCCGGUUCUAGUCCUGGGCUUGCGUUAGUGAACAAUCCCGAUUCCAAUUCCAGUGCCCCCUGCAGUCCAGUGUCCCACACUGUGGGCAGCAACAAUGGACCAAGCUACGAUAAAUAUCCGACCAGUGACGUUUACGUGCAAAACACCCUACCACAGUAUUUGGAACACAUAACAUUGGACUGGACUACGCUGGUUCAGAGUUUAGUAGAGUCCGGAUGUACAUUGACCGCGCAAGUGCAGGGUGACACCGAUUUUACUACGAAUCAGAUGGUCUUUAGUGGGUUUGAUGAAACCUACCUGACGAUGAACAACAGUAGCCUUGGUAUGCGAACUCACGCCGGCCACGGUAAUGGGCAUUCGCAAGUGCAGCAGAACGCGACGCAACAGACGAACCAGCUGAACUCGAUGAACUGUCAGAACAUGCAGAACAUGCAAAAUACCAACAUGAACAACAUGUUCAACGGUACGACGGAACCCCUGCUCAGCCUGCCCAACACACAGUCGCUUAUCGAGCCGCAAACACCAACGAUACCGGAGAUCGUGUUUACAGAUUAUUCGACCAGGGACGAUUUUGAGGCUGACCUUGGGCUUGGCCAUAUGGAUUUUCAAAGCAUUCAAAUGCUCUCGGACACCAGCACGAUGAUUGACCCGAUGGACGAGGAUAGCUUUCGGCGAGACUUACAGUAAAGCAUCCAUGCUCGAGGGACUCCCGUUGCUGUUAGCCACCAACAGUGGUGCAACGUACUGGACGACGACGACCAGAAAUAAAAAGAAAACAAAAACCAGAUAUCACUGUUGGAUCGGUUGGUGGAGGGAAUUAGUUAAUGAUAACUGUUAAUUUGAGGCUGGCCGCAACAACGGUGGUACAUAGCGUAAGAUUGGACACAGUGUGUGGCAGUGAAUGUGUUGGUUCGUUAGGUUGAUUGUGUAAAGUUUGCGUUUGUUAAGCUUACCUGCAUCUAGGUUAAAACAGUUGUAAAUGGUUAUUUUGUAAACCCGUGUUUUUCCCCACGCUGAUUGCGUGCAUCGAUGACCUAUCGACGUUAUUCAGAUGUGUUUAGAGCUAGGGUACGGUCGUACGGGCGUAUACGCAUUAAGCAAGAUGUUAUCGGCAUACCCGAUGGUACACGUAUUCAAAACUUAUUGCGUUGCAAUUUUAUGCAAAAACAUGCGUGCAUGUUUUCUUUGUUCACGUUUGCUUUUUUUUUGGGGGCGAGAUGUGUGUUUCGUGUCUCAUGUUGAUCAACAAAAAUGUUAUAUGAUUGCGGGAGACUUUCAUUUUGUUAUACUGCAUUUUUUAUACUCUAUCCUGGAGUAGGGUAGCCGGAUAUGCGCUAAAACAACAAUUAAAUUGUGUUUUUUAUAUACAUGGCAAACACUCAGCAUUUGUGGUUUCUGCUCGCUUAACACGUGAACCGGGAUGAUAGGAUAGUGAAAUGGAUUGUCAUAAUGCACAAAAUUGGACUCAGUUUGAGGGGCAGUUGUUAUUUCCACUUGGGAAAAAUUUUACUCAAUAUGUGGGUUUCUUUAAAAAUGUCCCCCAUCCCGUAAUUUGAUUGCAACAAUUGCAAACCCGUACAGUUCUUUGGUUUGUAUUUUUGUUAUAAAAUUAUCGUUGCUCAUUAGCUCGAAGCGAUAGCCCGUCGAUACAUUUCUUUGUUUCCUUAUUUUGGUUUUGUGAUUUAAGUGAAGUGUGAAGUAGAAGAGGAAACGAGUGCAGGCUCGUCGGAAUCAGGCGCCAAGCCAAGAGACAAAUUCGAAUCGAAACAUCAAGCAACAACCGGGGCGGGAUACACCCGAGCAAAUGCUUAAAUCACUCGUAGUUCCACACUUAAGCAGUGACCAUUGUUCUCGCUGGUGCGCAGGUGGGUCGCUGCGAGGCAACGGGGACCGUAAUGUUCUCUGUGUAAAUGCUCCGUUUUUAUGUCAUUUAGCAGGUUAGGAAAAGGAAAAAAACAUUGUGCUAUUUACCGAUAAUAAGAGGGGUGGUACCGAUACCAGUUAGGCUAAUGCGUAGAUAAGGAUUAAUGCAAGUUUAGCUAGGAACCCGAAAACAUGAAACAGGUAGAACGAACGAAAUGGAAAACAAAGCAAAACGAAUAAUAAAGUGUGUGUGCAGAACAGCUACAACAAUAUGGACGAUGGUGGGAAGAGGGGAAGGGGAGCAUUUUUAAUUGGGACGACAGAAAGCUAACAACAUCCUUGGUGUGUGGAUGGGGCCGCAAAAUACUAAAACGAAAUCUCUUACGAACAGUAACAUGUGAAUGCUUGAAUUUGAGCGUAACAACAAUUUGGUCCUGAGUUCUUGUGUGAGCAGGAAUCUAAAGCAUAUGGUAACAAAAAACGAAUUCCGCAUCCGAUCGAGGCUGAUCGAGGCUGUUGAGUGAGGCUGUGCAGGCGGUGCAAACAAGUACGCGGAAGCAAACGAAAAGAAAAACGAACGAACGAACGAUAGAUAGAUAUUUGCCAAUUCCGGACCCGGCAGCAGAUUCCGGUUGUGUUACGGCGCGUGUGUGUGUGUGUGUGUGUAGUGGUAGCCGGCACCGAGUAAGCGAACGUGUAUUGCAUGUAAAAAUAUCGUAACAUAUCAAAGCUGUACGUUUGUUAGCGUUAUUCAAUCUUCUUCAACCUUACCUUACCCCCACGAUGUAAUAAAGCUUACCGUGAUAUGAUCGCCGCGAAGAAGAGGAGCUAAAGCAAAUUGGCUAGCUUCAGCGAAACCGGAUGUAUCGGAUCGAGGAAUAACCGAAUCAAAAGCUGUACUGUGCGGGAGCUGACGAUCAACACUGUAUACAGAGACAGACAGACAGACAGACAGACAGACCGAAUGUUGAAGUACAAAGUGUUGCAAGAAAAUAUGCCGCAACUUUAUUGCUGUCUUAAGAUGAAUUACAAUUUUUUCCCCUGAUAACCCCAUAAAUCUUGUGCACGUUACGAAGAACGCCAGUGUUCCUAAAGGAAAAGAUUCUUUAUGUUCGUGUUGAUACCGAGUGUCCGAGAUUAAGCAUCUUCAGACCCGCAAAGCAAUCUGCUGCUAUGAUGGCACAGUGGGCUACUAAACUAGAUGGGCUUAUCUGUUGUUUUGUUUUGCCGAAUGAAACAUGAUAGUAAUACUAAUGAAUGGUGAUGACAUAGCUCGCGUAAUAGCGCGUGAUAGCCAAGAGCAAAUCUGUACAAAACACUCUUCAUACCUGUUAAACUCUAAAAUUGUCCUUGUCGUUUCAUACUGACUAAACUCUUUCCAGCUCUCUCGUUCCUGCUAACUUACACACUAAGUGCUGUGCUUCUUGUACCCCAAACCCUUCUCAACGGAAAGUAAAGUUUGUUUUAACACAUCACAUCAGAUUGUUAUUUUAACUCAUUUUCUUACCAGGAAGUGUCACUCCGCUUGUUAUCCUGUUUCUCAAAAGCCUUCGAUAUGUGGCAUAUGCAUUGUUUGACUUGGUCCCCUAUUUAUGCAAGGAAAGGAGAAACCCAACUUGGACACCGAUAAAGAGAACAGCGAUUAAUUUCCCUGAAAAGGCUGCACCUCAACAUGCAGCUGCAGUGCCAUUGAUAUGAUCGUUGAACGAUAAAAUUAAUACAACAAAGCCGAACGUUGAUUUAUGGUUAAAGGAUUAAUAUUUUAUUCACCACCAUCUACAUAAAGCAUCGAACCGACUACCACUACCGAAAGCGACAAGUGUGCCAAACUCUAUUCUGUGAGAAUGUUGCAUUUCAAUUUUCGCACCUUUCUAUUCAUUUAGUGAACCUUCAUCUAAUUCCUCUCCACAAGAGCAUUUAUCAAAAUCGUUGCACCGUCAUUCGUAAGCCCAGUAAAACAAAAACAGAAGAUGGUUACAAAAGCCCACUUAAUUAGAUAGAAAACAUGAAAACGAUCGUUUGUUUCAGUACAAAAGAUUUACUCGAUACGGAAGGCGUGAAACUGAAGUGACGAAAGAACAUGGAGACAGCUUACGCACAAACCAAUGUCAGAAGCGUGCGCCUUGUAGAAACAAUCUGUGAGAUUGUUAGAUAGAUGGGUUAGCACAUGGGUUUAGAACAGUAAAUAGGAUUGUGUAGGUACAGUCCGUCAAACUGAAAUCUGGAUACAGCUGGAAUUGAACAUUUGUACAAACUUUGAGGACAGCUUUCUUAUCGCUGGGGCUUUUAAAAACUGGAAUCUUUCAUUAUUCUUCUAAUCACCGAAAGUCACCAACCUUUAGUGGAUUUCUUGACAAUGAAUUCAACUUGAAAGAAUCGAUAAAGGAUGCCUUUGCUUUAUGGAAUACAGUUCAGAAUUAGCAACUACAGAUACUUUGAAGCUUUUUCAAGCGUCUUUUUAAUAGCCUCACUCAGCAAAAGGGCCAGUCUGUUUCUUCAAAAAAAAACCUCACUCCUGGACGCCGUAAGGGAUUUAAGGGAGAGAUAAAAUCACAACUCAACAGUAGAAUUUUCAAAACCAUUUUAUUUGGAGAGAGGCGGUCCGAUGGCAGAGGCGAUAGCGGUGCCGGUCUUCACACGACAAGACCGGGGUUCAAAUCCCAUCCAGACCGCCUCCCCAUACGGAGUGCUUUAUACUUUGCUACGGGUAAAAGUAAGUCAUAGAAAUACAGAAAUGGCAGGCUGAGGUCAAUCAAGGUUGUGUAGUGCCAAGGAAGGAAAGAAUGUACAUCGAGCACGGUUUAGUGAGUUGGACAAGUGUUUAGUGGCAGUGGCUUAGUGGUUUAAUUGUUUUAAAAAGUUAUUGGAACAAAACUGAACUGGCUAUUGGCUCUGGUGAACUUUUCUGGGGUAAUGUUUUAUUUAAACUAUGAAAAGUGGAUUACUAAGGAGCAUUUUUGGUUGGUCCAAGGUGCUGGAACAUCUUCUUAAUACCUUGAGCAGUUAAAGUCAUAUAUCAUGACAAUUGGGGCGGCCCGAGGUUCAAGUCUCAUUUACACGGCAGGACCGGAGCUCCCCAAAGUGAGGACUGAUGACUAUCCAACUACGUGGUAUCAUUAAGUCUAGUUAGCCAGAAAUGAUAGGCAUGACCUUAAGAGGUCGUUAGGCCAAGAAAGAAGAACAUGACAAUGAAAAAUAGUAGCUAUAUCCUCACUUUAUUAGAAAAUUGGAAUGAGUCAGGGAAAAAAUUUGAAUGAAAGGCCGCAAUAUGCAAAAAAAAAAAAAAUUCCAAAGCUUCUACAAACUGUGCCAGAAGCUUAGAGAAUCCGAUGCUCAUUUUGUGAUCACUUUAUUUUGUGACUAUUUAGUUAGAAGGUGGGGACAAACGAGAAUCACGAAGGGUCAAACCGAGGAGGUAAAGAAAAUCAUUCUCAAAGUCGAGCAACUAUUCAACUACAAGGUGUCCGGAUUUCGGUUUGAAGCACUGUAAGCGAGUAAGGCAACGACAACAAUGGUCCUUCUGUAAGUAUGUGUGAGUGCAUGUGCACCCGUUUUUGUGUACAAUUUGUAAAUUAUGUUGCAAAGUACUGCAUGUGUGUAAGCACUUCCUGUCUAGGGUACAUAUGUGAGCUAGAAAAAAUAUUAAACAAAAAAACAACAAAACCCAAAGUGCAAAUAGAUAGAAUCACCUUUUGCUAGUAAGAAAUUUUUCCUCCCCAUUUUGUCCCCUAUUUUUCAGCCUAAAGUCUUAAUGUAAAGAUAUUUACUCCUUUUUGUUCCAUAACCCCUGUUGGCCUGUCCUUUGAAAUACGAACGCACCACUCACUCCGAUGCCUUACUUUGCAAAACAAGACAAAAGCAAAAUUAAAACAAAAAUACGAAACAAAACAACAACAAAAACUCCUUAUCACACUUUUUGCGUUUAUUUUACCCAUUCCGCUUGCACAUAAAAUGCCCAAAUGUUUUGGCUUAAAAUAAAAUUGUAAAUUAGGUGAUGUAUUGGGAAGCGUGUACUUGGGUAGUGUUUGAUGUCUUUCGAUAGUGUGUACGCGAAAUGGUAAGGCGUUCGUUCAGAUGCAGAUUGUCCAAUAAGUUUAAAGGUAAAGGUUGAUAUUAUCGGUUUUUACAAAAAAAGGACAUCUAUUUACGAGACCUAUUUAUUACGGUAUGCGCUAGCAUGUAGAAGGGUUUACGUUUGUUAGACAGAUUUUAGCGACCGAAUUCGGAUAAGAUUGGCUUGGAUAUUUUUACGCACGAUGACCUGAUUUUACGUGAGAUAGUUAAAAGAAAGUGGUAAUUGUUUCUACACACUGCAUAAGAAGAAAAUCCAUUGUUGCAUGUUCGUUUGUAAGUGUGUGUGUGUUAACUCGAUAAGUGAGAAAAGUCAGUGAGAUUAAAAUGGAAAACUGUAUAAAAAAAAAAGUAUGAAAAAGAAGCGUAACAAAACAGACAACCCGGAUUUCGGACCGAUUUAUUGUAAAUGGAACCGUUUAAUAGUGAAGGAAUGAAAAGAAUAGUUCUCGUCAAGUGGCCGAUCGCGAUCUUCGCGCGUAUGCAGAACAGUCGCAUUGUAUAGAACAGUCAAUUAGUAUGUGUAUGUGAUCGUUGUGAGACGAGUGCGAGAGAAAAUGAGACAAAAAAAAAAGACAAAAUGAAAUGGCCGUUUGCAGGGUGCAGCCAACUGUUCACCGGAGUACAGUUUACAUUUACCAUUUUGCAUGCAAUUGAGUGUGCGUGUGUGUGUGUGAGUGUUUUCAUCAAGCACAGUGUUACGAAAAAUAGCAAAAUUAAAUGAGGAUUACCUCUUAAAACAAAUGUAAAGCAAAGAAAGCAACAUGAACGAGCAAAUCAUAAUAUGAAAGCUGGUCAAACCACAAAAAAAAUAGUAAAAAUAGAACAGAGGAAAAAAAGAGAGGUAAAAAACCACAAAGGAAAACAAGACAACAGAACCAAUGCAAAAACAAAAAAACGUUUGAUUCAUUUCAUAUACGAGUUUGUCACUUUUUAAUCGACUAUUCAUCGCCCUACUUGAUACUACUUGAUAAGAGAAGCAUACAGUAAGGAAAGGAAAACAAAUUAUGUGAUUAAAUAGUCUAGAAAUGAGUGCGGCAGACAGUAAACGCCUAUCACACGUUAAUCCUACCCAACUACCAAAAAAA